AUGAACUUGUCUUCGGAGCACUGCAACAUCUCAGACCUGCUGAGGCUGGAGGCAACAGUGAAGGCCUCUGUCUAUGUGGUCAUUUUCUCCUUCGCCACAUUCGUCACUGUGGUCGUCAUCACAAUAGUGUCCCAGAAUUUGAAACUAAGGAAAGAGGCCCGAUUCAUAUUCCUUUGCCAUCAUCUCCUGUGCAUCUCCUUCUACUGUGGCCUGGGGGUCAUGUUCCAAGGAAUGUGAGCCUUGCUGGUCAACAGCCCCCUGCUGCUGUGCUGGCUGGUGUUUGGGGUGCAGCUGAGUGCUGGAGAAGGGAUUCUUUUCACUCUGGCAUUGAUGGCUCUCAACACCUACCUGGCAAUCUGCUGGCCACUGAAGUCUCUGUCUUUUGUAGACUUGGUUAAAUAUAGGAUUCUGGCUGGGACUUGGACCACCAUCCUACUCAAGAACAUUUGCUUGUUCCUCAUUGAGGGCACUCACCCCUCUCUGGCUGCUGUGUUUAAAUCUACACCCCUUUGCCCAGUGGUCUUGAACGGUAUUCCUGCCAGAGUCAUUGGGAUGCUUUUCCUUUUCCUUCUUUUGUCUGUCAUUCUGCUAAGUUACUCUCUGAUCUACUGGGAAGGGAAUCAUGCCGGUCGCUUCAAUAGUUCCAACAUCAAAGCAAGGAAAACAGUCCUCAUUCAUUUAGUGCAGAUCAGUUUACAUGUGGUGCCUACCCUGAUAAUCAUAGGCUUGGGAAAGAUGUGCGGGGUGUUUUUCUUUGCUCUAAAUUUGGUGCUUUUUAGCAUUUUUGCGUUUGCCCAGUGUUUUAACCCAUUGGUCUAUGGGCUCCAGAACAGAGAGCUGCGGCACAGAUUCCAGGGCUGGAUGCGCGGCCGUGGUAGAGGUCACAGGAUGAGCAGCAGAGGGCCGGUUUAA